AUGUAUACAUUACCAUCAUCACUACCAUUAGAUGCAAGAGGCAAACGGGUUAUCGUCGAAAACGUUGAUCGGAUUAGCAACCUCCCUGAUGAUGUGUUGCUCACGAUCCUAACAAGUUUGUUCACAGAAGAAGCUGUCAAGACAUGUAUACUAUCUAAGCGAUGGGAGGAUGUUUGGAAACAACUGCCUUUUCUCAAAUUUGAUAUGAAAUAUACUCUCAACUACGACCUGACUUGUCUGGCAACUCGUUCUAAUAUUGUUGCUGAACUGAUUACUAAGGUUAUAAACAAUCACAAUGGCCAUCUACUAUGCUGCACAAUCCACCAUUUCUCAUACCAAUCUAGGAAUGGUAUGCUCGAAAGUUGGAUUCAAUCAGUGGUUCAUGUGAAACACACCAGAACACUCGUACUUUAUAACCUUCUUGGUCAUCGUAAGAGAGCCAGAGUGAUCAAAUUUUCUCCAAACAUAUUCUCACAUCCAACCCUCGAAACACUUUACCUAAAUCGAUACGAUUUAGAAACUGCGCAUGGCUUCAACGGCUGUCAUAAUUUAUUGGUUCUCAAGCUUGAAAAAAUAUGCGUCGAGGUUGGUGUGUUGAACACAAUUAUUGCAUCGUGCCCUUCCCUCAAAGUGCUGGUACUAGAAAUCUCGUGGUACCACCAUAUUGGUUGUUUAAAGAUUCAUAACAACAAUUUAAACCUCUUGCAUCUGGCUUGCACUUAUAUUAAUCGCAUUGAAGUGUCCGCAGCUCUUCUUGAUAUCUUUUCCAUUGGUUGUUUUAUCCCGAAAGAUAACUUCGUUCUCACUGCUCCUAGACUACUCCAGUGUAGCAAAAACUAUUGGGUUGGAAACGGAAAUAUACCUGACAUGAGCUACAAUAUUUCACAUAAUGCUCCGGAGAAAGAAAACAUGGGAUAUGUAUACGUGGUGAUUGAACAUACUAACUAUUUGCUGCGGUUUAUAUCUUUGGCUGUGAGUGUGGAUUUAAUGAAUCCAAAAGAAGUUUACAUGCUACAACAAGUCUUUGUUGCGUGGGAUGGAGAAAUAAGAGAUCUUGAGAUCUUCUUUAAGCAUGGCAAUGUUCCUAAGGAAGAAGGUGAAUCGUCUAUUGGCGGAGAACAAAAGAAGAUGUGGCAGAAAGAAAAUUCGUUUUUUGAUCCUGAUUUCCGCAUGAAAGUUGUGAAAAUGUAUAACUUCAGUGGUUCAAACAAGGAAGAAUUGGCGUUCGCUUCACUUUUGGUGACAAAAGGGAGGGUAACGAAGAAGUUGAUGAUUGAGACGUCGUCGCUUCCUGCAAAAAAGAAGUUGGAGUUAGAAGCAACGGUGGCCAAACUAAAGCAACUUCCAAAAGGUAUCAAGAGGCUUAGUAUUGAGUGUUUUUGA